GCCCUGUGCCGUACAGCAUGGCGGCGCUGUGGCGGCGGCCGCGUCCCCCGGCAGUGUCGGGGCUGUGCCGUACGCUCCGAGCGCUCUCAGGAAAGAAUGAGUAUGAUCUUCUGGUCAUUGGUGGAGGGUCUGGAGGCCUUGCUUGUGCAAAAGAAGCUGCUCAGUUUGGAAGAAAAGUGGCUGUUCUGGAUUAUGUUGAACCUUCCCCACAAGGAACUGGAUGGGGACUUGGUGGAACUUGUGUCAAUGUUGGCUGCAUUCCUAAAAAGCUUAUGCAUCAAGCAGCCCUUUUAGGGAGUGCCAUUAAAGAUGCCCAACACUAUGGCUGGAAUAUAUCCCAACCUGUUCAUCAUACCUGGUCUGUGAUGGCACAAGGUGUUCAGAAUUAUGUGAAAUCCUUGAACUGGGGACACAGAGUGCAACUACAAGAAAAGAAGGUGAAAUAUUUCAACAUAAAAGGAAGUUUUUCUGAUCCACAUACAGUCCGUGGUUUAACAAAAGCAGGUAAAGAGAUUGUUGUUACUGCAGAUAAUAUUGUCAUUGCUACUGGAGGAAGACCAAAAUACCCUAUGCAUGUUGCAGGUGCACUGGAGUAUGGAAUCACAAGUGAUGAUCUCUUCUGGUUAAAGAAAUCUCCUGGAAAAACGUUGGUUGUUGGAGCCAGCUAUGUUUCCCUUGAGUGUGCUGGUUUUCUAACAGGCAUUGGAUUGGACACUACAGUCAUGAUGAGAAGUAUCCCACUUCGUGGGUUUGAUCAGCAAAUGGCUUCUUUAGUAACUGAGCACAUGGAAUCUUAUGGCACAAAAUUUUUAAAGAGAUGUUUCCCAACUAAAGUUGAAAAAUUGGAGAAUGACAGAUUGCAAGUCACUUGGAAAAAUGCUGACCUGGACACAGAAGAAACCGAUUCUUUCAACACCGUUAUGUGGGCAGUAGGCCGAGCCCCUGACACCAAAACCCUCAAUUUGGAGACAGUUGGAGUGAAAACUAACUCUGAAACUGGAAAGAUUAUUGUUGAUGCCAAUGAAGCUACUUCUGUUCCUCACAUUUAUGCAGUCGGAGACAUAACAGAGGGCCGUCCUGAAUUAACACCCACAGCAAUAGCUGCAGGAAAACUGCUGGCUCAGCGUCUUUUCGGCCAGUCUUCAGAACUGAUGGACUAUGACAAUGUGCCUACCACAGUCUUCACUCCCUUGGAAUAUGGUUGUGUUGGCCUGUCAGAAGAAGCAGCUGUGCAACGUCAUGGAUCAGACAAUAUUGAGGUAUACCAUGCAUAUUAUAAACCUUUAGAGUUCACAGUGGCUGAAAGAGAUGCAACUCAAUGCUAUAUGAAAAUGGUGUGCUUACGAGAGAGGGAGCAACGAAUACUUGGCCUCCAUUUCAUUGGACCAAAUGCAGGCGAAGUUAUUCAAGGAUUUGCUCUUGGAAUCAAGUGUGGUGCUACAUAUCCUCAGAUGAUGAAGACAGUUGGCAUUCACCCCACCUGUGCUGAAGAAGUUACCAAGUUGCACAUUACAAAGCGUUCUGGCCUGGAUGCAACAGUCACAGGCUGCUGAGGUUAAAUACCGUCCCUGGAAAGAAGGAAAAAAAGCACAAAACAUAUUUGUAAAGAAAAGGGGCACUGAAAGUUGAAACAGCUUUAAUGGUUCAGGUUACAGAAAUCUUUUUUUUUUUUUCUUUUUAGCGAGGUUUUUCUCACAGCUGAAAAAUUCUCCUUGCACCAUCACAGUUCUAAAACCAAUGUAGUCCUGCUGCAAGAAAUCUCUCUUUCUGAGUGUCUAAAGCUCUUCUGUUGCUGGUGGGAGCUAGGGAAUAAUCACAGUAUUUCAUAUGUAAAUAUAACUAAUGCCUGUGACAUCUGAGGCCAUCUACAAAUUAAGCAGUUGUCAUUUGGGUUUCCCUGUUGGCCAGCAGAGGAGUCUCAGAUGCUGGGAAUCAGCCAGGACAUCCCUUAGAAGUCUGGUGGGAUGCUUUGUCCUGCAUGUUUGAAUGGCUCAUUACUGAUCCUAAUAUUGAACACUGAGACUCUGCAUUCACUAGUGGAAACAAGUUCCUGGAGUGCAUAACAAAGGGUAAGCAGUCAUCUUUGGGUUUUUUUCUUUAAAAUGUAAUAUGUAAUGGAAUUUAAUAGAAAAUCACCUGAAGCUGUACUGCUGCUGGAAGAAUCUCAAUGGAUUAAUCAGUAGCAGCCUGGUCACAUUGUUAUGGAGAGGACUGAGAAUGAAUGAUCUCAGAGGUGCUAAAGAAAGAGUUGAAUUUUAUGGUGGCGUCUCUGCCUACUCCUCAAAUUUCUAAUUCAGCUCAGUCCAAACUAAAUUGACACAUCUCACAAAUUACUGCUUGAACAGUAUAUAUUAAGCUGACAAGUAGAGUAAAACCCUCUAAUAAUCCACCUUAUGCAGCAUUUUCUGUUUUAUAGAAUGCAGAAAUAUGGCUGACACUGAAAUAUUUUCUUGGUUUGUUUUUAAGACUUUCUUGCUGAUGAGCUGGAGACUAUAUCUGAACUUACUUAUGUCUGGCUUUAAUAAAACACGUUAUUGAAGGGAACUACAUUAAGCAGUGAUCCAGAAGAGAAAUGGUCCAGCCCUGAGCAGAGAUAUAAAAUAAUCAUCUGCAACUUUUUUUUCUGUUUUUGUGUACUGGCCCGAGUAAGAAAGCAUUACCCUGUUGCAAAUUGCUGUUGAUUUUCGUGCUCUCCAGAAGGGGGAGGUGCUGGCUCAUCUGUGGCAGAAGAGGAACAAAUCUGAGAGUGAAGCUUCUUGUGCAGAACCCUGUUAAGGAGGUAGCUUGACAAAAGCAAACACAAACCAGUCUGCACUGAGUUUCAGUCCCAGUUUCUUGCACCCUUUACAGCAGAGUAGUGCACAUUGGAAGAGACCAGCUUCAGGUGAAAUAAAAUAUAUCCUUUUUAUAGUUAAUUUAUAUCAGAGUUUUAUGUGUGGAAUUUGAUAUUUUCAUUCCAAGCUUGUUGCAGUUUUGAAGAGUAGUCUGAUGAUUAUGUAUAUAUCUGCUAUUUUAAUUUGAUUAUUUCACUGCUGCAACAAUACAGACAAAUGGUUAGGUUAUGACAAAAAGGAUCAAAACUUCCUUGUAAAAUAGGAUUUAACAGCAUUUAUCACACUCUCAUUGAUAUGAGAAUGUUAAAUUUUCUUUUUUUUUUUUUUAAUUAAACAACAAGAAAAGAAGUCCUAAGUGUUUUCUCUACAAAUUUUCCUGAUUUUUUUUUUUUUUUUUGGUCCAUGUUUCUGGUCCAUAAACUAGGAAGAAGUGAUACAGCUGGACUCCAAGUGGCAUUCCCUAUCAGAUCUGCUCUAUCUGCUAUUUUUCAUCUGUGAAGUCAUCCAUAAGUUUGUCAUUGACAAGAAAUAUUUGGAUUGGAAGUGUUGUUAAAACAAUGCCUGAAUUUUGCAGCUGCCUUUAGAAGAAAUUAUUAAAACUUUAUACCUAUAUAAAUAGGUGCAUACCUGCACAUUCAGAAGUUUGUUUCCUUUAAUAAAGGGCCUUAUGAGUAUGAUGCAGCCAAAAACCUUGCUUGAUUUUCCUCAGCUGUUUACAAAAAAGGAAUUCAGAGUAAAUUAGGGUUUCUUAAAAUGUUUUACUUAAAAUUUCAAAAUAUGGAGAUACAGCCUAAUAGAGAUUUUGCUGUGAGAAACAGCUCACCUUUGACAAAACCCUAAUGUUUAUGCAUACAAGUUUUUCUUUCCAGUGAUAAUCUAUUAUAGUUCCUUUUGUUUCCCAAAAGUGAAAGCACUGGUGUUUAACUAUGUAAAAUCUGCUUCUCUUCUCUGCCCUACCAAUGCAUCCAGCAGAGUUGUCUGUCCCUACAGACAAAUCCAUGGAAAGAUGAGUUCAUUUCAUUCAUCAUAAAGUUCAAAUUAAUUGUUUGGGACAGCAAAUAGAGAGAGCUCAAGGAAGUGUGUCCUCAGUGCAUGUAGAGUAUGAAACUAAGGCAUGUCAUCAUUUUCAGAAGAAACUGAACUGUCUUGGUUUUAGAAUUGCUGAGUGGCUUGCAUGAAAUUGUUCUUGUCUCUUCAACAGCAGCCUGGUUCUGUUCCUCAUUUAGAGGAAAAUGCUGUUGCCCCCUGAAGUAAAACAAAACAUACAAUCCUACCUACAUAAUAAUGUCAGAAUCAACAGCAGGAGAGAAUAAUGAGAAAUAUAGUGAUUGUGCUUUUUUUCCUGAAGGAUUCACCAGGGAUGGUACUUAAGAAUUGUUUUUAAAAGCCUGACCAAUGUAAAUUGAAACAAUUUAUGUACAUUGCAACUUACUGAUUGCAUGUGAAAAUGUACAAAAAAAAAAUGUAGUCAGGCUUCUUAGGAUGCCAGCUGAUGAGGAUUUGUUUGUCAAACCACACCAUGGUGCAAACAAGUCUGAGCUUUGCUGGGUCCCUCAUAUGUGUGAUCACAAUAUUUAUUGUGUUAUUAAUUAAUUAAUAAAUAAAUAUUUUUUUCUAGUAAA